AUGAAAAAAGUGUCAUCAUUGAAUCAGACUUCAUAUAAAUUGUGGAUUCCUCAGGAACUGUUCAGUAGUGAACAACAUUUUAUCAGUCAAGUUUGUUUAAUUAUAAAUAAUUAUUUUGUUUAUGUAUUCAAGGCAUGGUGUACGAAUAUGUGUUCACGGUCCAGAAUUUUAGAUCUCAUAUCGUCUGUUGCUUCAAAUUCGUGUAAAUGCCCAGCUCAUUCAAAUGUAGGACGGGUUCAUGUCAGCUCUAAUGCCGUGUUGCCUUCCAAAGAUUAUGCUUUCGAAAUGGUCUCUUCAACGGUACGAUAUGGAAAAGGAGUCACCAGAGAAGUUGGUAUGGACUUGGUCAAUAUUAAAGCAAAGAAUGUUUGUGUGAUGACAGAUCCGUACUUAGUUGAUCUCCAACCAGUCAAAACCACUAUCGACUCUUUAACUAGAAAUGGUGUGAAAUUUCAAGUCUAUGACAAAUGUCGAGUUGAACCAACCGAAAAGAGUAUGAUCGAUGCAAUCGAGUUUGUCAAAUUCCAAAAUUUUGACUCCUUUAUUGCUGUUGGAGGUGGAUCAGUCAUGGACACUGCUAAGGCAGCUAAUCUUUAUUCGUGUGAUCCAGAGGCAAACUUUUUGGAUUACGUGAAUGUACCUAUUGGAAAAGGAAAACUUGUUGAUGUCACACUCAAACAUUUGAUUGCUAUUCCCACUACUUCUGGAACUGGCAGUGAAACUACUGGCGUAAGCGUUUUCGACUACGAGCCUCUCAGAACCAAAACUGGCAUAUCACACAGAUCUUUGAGACCUACUCUCGGUAUCAUUGACCCACUUCACACUCUGACCUUGCCAGAAAGAGUAACUGCUUAUUCUGGAUUUGACAUAUUAUGUCAUGCACUCGAAUCGUUUACUGCUAUCCCUUUUGACGAAAGAUCUCCUUGUCCGGAGAAUCCAAAAUCUAGGCCAACAUUUCAGGGAAGAAACCCAGUUUCAGAUGUUUGGGCUAGAUUUUGUUUGGAUGUCAUCAGAAAAUUUUUCGAAAGGGCAGUGUACCGUCCAGAUGACAUAGAAGCGAGGUCACAGAUGCUUUUGGCUUCAACUAUGGCUGGAGUAGGGUUUGGGAAUGCAGGAGUACAUUUACCUCAUGGACUAUCAUAUCCAAUUUCUGGAAAUGUCCGAAACUUCUUUCCCACUGAUUAUAGUGAUGAUCACCCAAUAAUUCCACAUGGUCUCUCAGUAGUAAUCACAGCUCCGGCUGUUUUUGAGUUCAUUGCUCCAACAUGCCCUGAAAGACAUUUGGAAGCGGCGGAAAUUUUGGGUGCUGAUAUUCGAAAUGGAAGGAAAGCUGAUGCAGGAAAGAUUUUGUCUGAUACUGUGAGAAAGUACAUGAGUAUUAUGAAAAUUGAGAAUGGCCUAACUGCAUUGGGAUUCUCGAGAGAUGACAUCCCCCAAUUGGUAAAAGGAACUCUUCCACAGGAAAGGAUCACCAAAAUGGCACCAAAACAGCAAUCUGAAGAGGACCUCACAAAUUUAUUCGAAAGGUCUAUGGAAGUUUACUGA